AUGCCUGGAAAAGCUGCGCAAGAUGUCUGUCAGCCUCCCCCGACCCCAGUUCUGACAUCGGAGAAUAUGAGCAUAGCUAUUCGCGGCUCUAGUGGGGAGGAGAGGGGGCUAGCAGGGCAGAGACAGGCGGAGAGGAAGCGAACCUCUCAAUAUGCAGCAGGCCGCAGAGGCUAUAUAAGCUCCGGUCUUGGGCCUGGUGUGUGCAAAGGGCAGGCUUUUCCGCGAGCUGGCAGCGACCAUCUGUCAGCCCGCUGCGCCAUGGAGACCGCGGAGCGCUCGGAGAGCGAGGCCGGCGAGCGCGCGCGCUGCCACCGCCUGCUGCCCGCGGCCCCCGACGGCCCCGCGCGGCGCGGGAGCGCGGACUCCGGAUCCGGAGACUUCUGGAGACCGUGGGUUGACGCCCAAGACAAGCCAGAGGAGGAGGCCUCGCACCACGCCGCGGAGGGGAUGUCCCGAAUGACCGAAGCCUCUGGAAAGCUUUCUCGAUACAGGCACCCAGUCAGACUAUUUUGGCCCAAAUCAAAGUGUUAUGAUUACUUAUACCAAGAAGCAGAAGCUCUUCUGAAAUUUUUUCCAAUUCAAGCCACAAUUUCAUUUUAUGAAGACUCUGAUAGUGAAGAUGAAAUUGAGGAACUGAUCUGUGAAAAUUAAUCUGAUUAGUUACU